UCGAUCUGUACACACUACACGCUUUGUCGAUAUAUUCGAAAAUAAGCUCGCGCGCGCUAGUGUUGUUGUGUCGUGUUGUCUCGUGUGUGUGUGUGCCGUAUAUGUGUCAAUAAUAAUCCAGCUCUCUCUCUCCAACCUCUCCAACCUCUCCGCAGUCGUCGUAAUAAUAAUGCUGAGCCAGGAACGAGCCAGCGGCCUCAGCCUACCCCGGGUGACGUUCCACGAGCAGCCCGCGCACCGCGCGCUCUUCCGCUGGGCCGGCGACGCCUGCGGCUGCGAGUCGCAGAUCGGCUCGCGCGAUCCCCGCCGAGCCGACUGCCCGUCGAUCAUCGUGCACAACUACGAGGGCCCGGUGCUGCUCACCAUCUCGCUCGUCACCAGCCAGGAGCCGCACUAUCCGCACCCGUAUCUGCUGCAGGGCGGCCGCGGCUACAAGAUGUCCAAGGGCAUCUGCUACUUUCGCGCCCGCGCCGAGCCCGGCAAGCCCAUCGAGCUGCGCAAUCUGCGCGUCAAGAAGCUCGCGGCGGACUCGCUGCGAGCCUCGCUCCUCGACCGGCGCAACCUCUGCUACGACCCGUUCCAGACCAACUACGAGCAUCUCGAGGAGCUCGACCAGCAGCGGGUGGUCAGCAGCACGUCCACCGACAGCGGCAAACAGUCGAUCGAUCUCACGUCGGCGCGACUCUGCGUCACGGCCUAUCUCGAUCACGAGGGCCGUUUCGACUACUGCCUGCUGCCCGCCGUCUCCGAGCCGAUUCACGACUCGCGCGACAAGCCCGACCUGACCAUCGUCUGGCUGAGUCACGUGGCGGGACCGCCGGCCGGCCAUCAGAUCUGCUGCCUGUUGGCGGGCCGGGUCGAGCGCGACGACGUCGAGGUGCACUUCUACGACGACGCCAACGAGUGGCAGGCCGUCGGCUUGCCCUACCCGCCGGGCGUCUACGAGAACACGGCGAUCGUCUUCAGCACGCCGGCCUAUCGCGGCAGCGGCGAGCUGGAGCAGCCCGUGACGGUGAACGUGAGGCUGCGCCUCAAGAGCGACCCGAGCGUCACCUCGCCCCGGGUCUACCGCUACACGUACCAGUCGAGCUACAGCGACGAGCGCGACUGCCUCUUCAAGAGCAACAAGAGGCCCAAGAUCGCCCCGCAGGAUCUGAUCGCUCGGACGUUGGCUGCUGGUACCGAGCCCAACAACAACAACAACAAGAUCUACGGCCGCAAGGAGGCCGGGGACUCGCUGCUCAAGCUGCAGAUGGAGCGGGUCUUCGACAAGAAUCUGGCGGCGCUGGACUCGACGCCGUCGAUGACGGCCACGCACUCGGUGUCGGCCAGCAGCGGCGGAUCGGCCACCCAGAGCCGCAACGAGCAUCAUCCGUACAAUCAUCAGCAUCGUUUGCUCAAUCGGCCGGCCACUUAUUUGGAAUCGAUCUAUCCGUACAAGAAACCGAUGAAACAGGAGCAUCAGCAACAGCAGAGUGGCGGCGGCAACAACAACAACAACAACGACAGCACGACGAGCGUCAGGAGCUGCACGAGCGACGCCGCCUCCGACGGCCACGCGCACCAGAAAAAGUACUCGGACGUCGCGUACGAGUUCGAUCCGUUGCUCAGGUGAAUCGAUCGGAGAAGAGAGCUAGCUACGCUUGCGUGUGUGUGAAGCAUCGCGAAGAGAAAAAAGAAAAUAGUGGAAGAAAAAACCGCUUGGAGUAGAAAAUUAGUGGGCGUUUCGAGCUUUAAACAAAAAUUUACUGUACGAUAUAGUAUAGCAAAAAUUAUACUAUAUGCUUUAUAGCAAAUUUUUUUUUCUCGCGCCUGUAUAUCGCGUAUAAUUUGUAUACUCUAAACUGCGUAAUAAAUAUCCCAAUUUGUGUGUGAGUGUGAGCGUUUAUGUGAUAUAAUACACGUCGAUGUAUCGGUUCGCCUUCACGGGAUAAGGGCGUCGCGCGCGCGCGUAUAUGAAUUGUAAAUAAACGAUGAUUUUUUUU